AAAGAACCUUCUUUCAUUUACCACAAGCCCUACGAAUAAACUGCGAUCAUGAAGUCGCUUAUUCCGUAUUCCCUUCUCUCACUUGCGUCCGUCUCACAGCUCACAGGAGCUAUUAUGAUUCCUUCUCCGGAGCAGGAACACGUGUUUAUUACCAGCAAGCCCAGAGGGGUUUCCACACAGGAGACUCCGGAAAAGAGGUUGAUCCAUCUUAGCCCCACCGAGACCAAGUGGGUUACCGAAGAGGAGAAGCUUGAGCUCAAGAGGGUAAGAGUUUGGCGACUUCUCCCAACUUUGCUACAGCUAAUAGUGGCGGUUUGUUUGUUUGUAGCAAGGUUUCAACUUCAUGGAUGUCACCGACUAUCAGCAUCUCGGAUAUGAGAACGCCUUUAGAACCGCGUCGCAAAAGAAGCCGGCCGUCAAGUACCCUUCCAAGCCUGAGCAACAGAAGACGGUCAAGCCCCUCUUGGAGAAGCUUGAUAAGAAGAAGAUGCAGGGAAACCUGGAGAAGUUUACCUCUUUCUACACCCGUUAUGCCAUGGUAAUUCCCCCUACAAAUGUCCCUGUGCGCUGUGCGCCCUUGCUAACGGUAGUAUAGUCAGACACUGGUCGUCAGUCAUCGGAAUGGCUGUUGAAGAAGAUCAAUGAAACCGCGGCUCACUUGCUGCCUGCUAUUGAGCUUAGGCCCUUCCCGCACACUUGGAUCCAGUCCUCCAUCAUCGCCAAGAUUCCCGGAAAGACCGAGAAGACUGUUGUUAUUGGUGCUCACCAGGACUCCAUUAACCUCUUCCUUCCGUCCGUCCUUGCCGCUCCCGGAGCUGAUGACGACGGUUCCGGAACUGUGACAAUUCUCGAGGCGUUCCGCGUUUUGGUCACUCACCUUGCCAAGACUGGCCAGCAGUUGGAGAACACUGUUGAGUUUCACUGGUACUCUGCUGAGGAGCUCGGAUUGUGGGGAAGCCAGGCCAUCUUCAGCUCCUACGAGAGGAUGGGACGCGAAGUUGUUGCCAUGUUGCAGCAGGAUAUGACCGGGUUUGUCAAAAAGACCCUUGAUGCUGGGAAGCCUGAGAGCGUCGGAGUCAUCACCGAUUACGUCGACCCCGCCUUGACCGAGUUCAUUAAGGAGGUUAUCACUGAGUACUGCGAUAUCCCAUAUGUCUUGACCAAGUGCGGGUAUGCUUGCUCGGAUCACGCUAGCGCCAGCAAGGCCGGGUACCCCAGCGCCUUCGUGAUCGAGAGUGCCUUCUCUGGUUUGCCAUCACUUGCCUACUGAGAUUGAAUCCACCUUGCUAACAUAUCCUAGACUCUGAUGAUCACAUCCACACUACCGAGGACAAGAUUGAAUAUCUUUCCUUCGAUCACAUGCUUCAACACGCUAAGUUGACUUUGGGGCUGGCUUAUGAGUUGGGACAGGCUCAUUUCGGUGACAAGGGCGGAUAUUCGGUUGAAUUGUAGUCGACUUGUCCGCAAUCUCUAUCUCUAUUACUAUUUACGAAGGUUAUUUUGUACUUUUAGACCUGAAUUCCGAUAGAUAGAUAUUAUAUCUGUCUGGUUAUAAGGGAAUACUAUUCCGAGACUUGGAGCACCCGUCAUUUUGAUUCCUCUUUGAUCCGCGGUCAGUGUCGGGGUGAGAAAGAUUUUUUUUUGCUUCAAAAAUCUAUCGACCUCCAUAGCGUGAUAUGCACGCAACUCUGGGAAUUCCAUUCAUCGCCAUCCACCAAUCUCUUUGGUAUCCCACACUUAAUGGUUUGCUUUCGAUUCCACCUCGGCCUUUGCUAGAAAUUCCCUAUUCGAGACAAUUCGUCAGUCAGUCAUCCCACUCAUCUAAUAAUCGCCCGUCCAUCCGAAGAGUAGAACAUACUUGAUGAACUUUUCCUCGUCACUGCUACUAGCUUGAAUCGGAGGGGUAGUCUGAGUCUUCU